AUAGCCGGUGUCUGUCGGCAGACGGAGAAAUGUUUGAGUGGGUGGCAGACGGCGUUGACAUUUCUGUGUUGAGCUACGGCGGCCCAGAAUGCAUCGCCUUCUUGUCACCACAAAUGAAAUUAUUGGAUACAUUGUUGGCUUUUGGAAUAGCUUGUUUCUUGAUUAAUAAGGGUUACAGAAAUAUUAGUUUACCUGAUAAAUCAGUCUACGAAAGAAAUGAUCGUGGAGGGAAACGUCUAUUGCUCAUUAUGGUUUGUCUUAUAUGGGGUAUAGAAAUAGGAUUUAAAUUUGCCACGCGGACGAUGGUCUACUUGCUGAAUCCGUGCCACGUUACUACAGCCGCUCAGAUAUAUUUACUAAGUGCACCUCCGAGUAAAGCAGUUACAUCUGUGUUUCGCAUACACUUAAAUUUCUUGAAUGGUGCUGUUCUUGCCUUCAUGUUUCCAGUAACAGAAACAAGACUACUGCCUUUUGAAGCAUCGAUUUACUGGAUACAACAUAGUAUGAUGUUGAUUGUGCCUUAUUACUUACUCAGGUUGGGAGGUGUGUACAACAUUGAAAAACUGUCAGAUUUUAACUGGUGUUAUCUGAGUUAUGGUUUGAAUCUUAUUUACCAUUUUGGGGUUCUACAGACAUGUUCAUUUUGGUCGGGUAUAAAUAUAAAUCACAUUAUGUGCCCUAUUGGUGUUGAUCCAUUCUAUGGACAGUACUAUCGGAUAGCCACAAUUAUUCAUGAGGGUAUUCUGUGCCCACUAGUUUCAAAAACAUAUUGCAUGCUGGCGGCAUUUUUCCUUACAAAAUUUGGACCCACAAAAGUUAAGAAUACUCUGGAGUUUGACAUGAGUUCAUGGGCUCAAGGGGAUAGAGGACCAGGUAAACGAAGUUCCUUAAAACAAAGUCCACAGGCAAGUCCAGAAAAACAUUCACCAGAAUUUCACUCUACGAAUAACGGCUGUCAUCAUAUUGAUUAAGACAGUAUCUGUAUAAUUUUUGUGUAAGUUGUAGCAGCUAUGCUGUGUUCUUGUAGCCGUCAGUACUAUUUUAGUAAAUAUUUAUUUCAGCAAAAUGAAGCAAAGAAUGAAACUCUUUAUAAUUCUUUACAAGUUUGCUACAAAAGCCAAGAUGAUUUUAAUUGUAUCAGUUGAUUGUGUUAAUCUAGUCGUUUUCAGAUUUACAAUUU